GUGGGUCUCCUCGCCGUCUUGAAAGCCUGCGCAACCCCCGCCCCUCUCACCGCCCCCGACCCUCCGCGAGAUGUUUUUUACGCGCCUCUCGACCCGCGUACCCCGUUUUGCGCGUUCUUUGGCCACCGUGAACCAUGUUUCGCCCUCAGAAUCGAUUGCGACGGUCAAGUCUACUAUCACCCGCCAUGACUGGACAAGGGAGGAGGUGCAACAGAUAUAUGACACUCCUCUUUUGGAUCUCGUGUUUCGCGCCGCGUCUGUGCACAGGCAGCACCACGAUCCGAGCAAGAUCCAGCUCUGCACUCUCAUGAACAUUAAGACUGGAGGCUGCACGGAAGACUGCUCGUAUUGCUCGCAAUCCUCACGGUACUCGACUCCCACCAAGGCGUCUCCUCUGGUUUCUAUAGAACCAGUUCUCGAAGCUGCACGCAAAGCGAAGGAAAAUGGGAGUACGCGCUUCUGCAUGGGUGCGGCAUGGCGUGACCUAGCCGGUCGUAAACGAGGCUUUGAGCGGAUUCUCCAGAUGGUUAGGGAGGUCAGAGGAAUGGGAAUGGAAGUUUGCACCACUCUUGGUAUGCUAAGUCCCGCACAGGCCAAGCAACUGAAAGAGGCCGGCCUUACUGCCUAUAAUCAUAACCUUGACACUUCUAGAGAGUUCUACCCACAAGUCAUCACGACACGCAGUUACGAUGAAAGGUUGGAUACUAUUGCCGCUGUCCGCGAAGCGGGAAUCAGUGUCUGCUCCGGUGGCAUUCUGGGCCUCGGUGAAUCCGAUCGUGAUCGUGUGGGCCUGAUAUGGGAGGUUUCCAAUAUGCCGGAGCACCCGGAAAGCUUUCCUGUCAAUGCUCUCGUGCCUAUUAAGGGUACCCCAUUGGAGGACAACGAGCCGGUGCCCUACCAUACCCUAUUGCGCACUAUCUCUACCGCUCGCAUUGUUCUGCCCAAGACUAUUAUCCGGCUAGCGGCUGGAAGACAGACGUUGUCGGAAUCCGAGCAGGCGAUGUGCUUCAUGGCCGGCGCAAACGCGGUCUUCACUGGGGAGCAGAUGCUUACCACGCCAUGUUCGCCAUGGGAUGAGGAUAAGGCAAUGAUGGGCCGUUGGGGCCUGGACGGGAUGCGAAGCUUUGAGCAGGACGGUGUCCGGGCAAAGGAAGGGGCGCGAUUAGAAGUUGCAGUCGAACAGCAUUCUUCAAACCAGAUCGGAGAAUCCGUGCAACCCCAGGUGUAGCAGACAAAAGAUGUAGGAAUAUAUGCUAGUCAGUGCCAGUACAGGAUGUAAAGCUACAGUGCGUGUCUAUGACAUUAGCUUACGUAAGCAGACAGUAGAUGCAUAUUUCUUGGUGGAAUCGGCUCUCCAUGCCUUAUAUCGCCGA